CAAACCUCAAAUCCGAGGACAAUACACACAACACGCCCUUUUGUUUCGUUUACUUACUCCUUUCAAUAUCAACUUCUAACUAAAUACUCUGGCACCUUUUAUCUUUAGAAAGUUCCCCUUUUCUCUGGCAAUAACUUUCCUUAGAAUAUCCAGAACUCCCAUUUUUGAACACUACACUCUCAGUCUCACACAAGAUCUACCAGCAUUUUCUUCCCAUUUUUAGCGAAUAAUUUAUUAAGGUACAUUUUAUGAUUAUUUUCUGGCCAUGAUUCUAUUUUUGGCUAUAAUUUUGUGCUUUUUUGAUGUUGUUGGAGCUGCUGAUAGUCUUCUUUCUCCAAAGGGUGUCAACUAUGAAGUGGCUGCAUUGAUGUUAGUGAAGAACAAGAUGAGGGAUGAAAAGUUACAUGUUCUUGAUGGGUGGGAUAUAAAUUCAGUUGAUCCUUGCACUUGGUAUUUGGUUGCUUGUUCUGCUGAGGGUUUUGUUAUCUCUCUGGAUAUGGCUAGUAAGGGGUUGUCAGGAACCCUAUCCUCUAGUAUUGGAAAUUUGACUCACCUUCGCUCACUUUCAAUGCAGAACAAUCAAUUAUCUGGCCCAAUUCCAGAUGAAAUUGGAAAACUGCAAGAACUUCAAACUUUAGACCUCUCAGGUAACCAGUUUAGUGGUGAGAUUCCUGACUCGAUUGGUUACCUCAGCCAUCUAAGUUACCUAAAACUAAACCGAAAUAAAUUGUAUGGACAGAUUCCUGAACGUGUUGCAAAUCUUACAGGUCUUUCAUUCUUGGAUUUGUCAUUUAACAAUCUUACCGGUCCCACGCCAAGAAUACUAGCGAAAGCAUACAGUGUAACAGGGAAUACAUAUCUUUGCUCUUCAUCAUUUCCACAAGUUUGCAUGGAUGGGGAUAAACCUGUAAAAGACACAAGUCACACAACUAUUACAAAAAUAAGUCAUCACCGUCGAUGGGAAGUCCCAGUAGCUGUUGGGGUUGGCUGCACAUUUGUGGUUUCUAUAUUGCUGAUAAUUGGAUGGGUUCACUACUACAAAUCCCAUCUUCUCAUGACAUCAUAUGUGCAGCAGGACUAUGAAUUCAGUAUUGGUCAUGUGAAGAGGUUCUCGUUUCGUGAACUUCAAACAGCUACAGGAAACUUCAAUCCCAAAAACAUACUGGGAAAAGGUGGUUUUGGAGUUGUCUAUAAAGGUUGUCUCCCAAACAAGACUAUGAUAGCAGUUAAAAGGCUGAAAGACCCAAGUUUCACCGGUGAAGUACAGUUUCAAACAGAAGUAGAGAUCAUUGGUUUAGCUCUACAUCGAAAUCUUCUACGUCUAUAUGGAUUUUGUAUGACACCUAAUGAAAGAUUGCUCGUGUAUCCUUACAUGCCAAAUGGGAGUGUUGCAGAUCGGUUGAGAGACCCAUGUGGGGAUAGACCUACUUUAGAUUGGAGAAAGCGGUUGCAUAUUGCUCAGGGGGCUGCCCGUGGACUCUUGUACUUACAUGAGCAGUGUAAUCCAAAGAUUAUUCAUAGGGAUGUGAAAGCUGCUAAUAUCUUACUUGAUGAGAGUUUCGAAGGUGUUGUGGGAGAUUUUGGCCUCGCAAAGCUCUUAGACAGGAGGGAUUCUCAUGUUACUACUGCUGUACGUGGUACUCUUGGUCAUAUUGCCCCUGAGUAUCUUUCAACUGGGCAAUCCUCAGAUAAAACUGAUGUCUUUGGAUUCGGUAUUCUACUUUUGGAACUCGUUACAGGGCAAAAAACAGUAGAUACUGGCAAAGGUCAGGCUCAAAAGGGAAUGAUGUUUGAAUGGGUGAAGUCAUUGUAUGAAGAAAAGAAGCUGGACAUGCUUGUAGAUAGAGAUCUGAAGAGCAGUUUCAAUAUAGACGAGUUGGAGAAGACGGUGGAAUUGGCUCUUCGGUGUACUCAAGCUAACCCUACCCUGAGGCCAAAAAUGUCGGAAGUUCUUAAAAUUUUAGAAGGUAUUGCUGCCGGGCAGUCUGUGGACUCUGUAAACGGGGAUGAAUUGCAUGCCAGAAGCUCUCUUCCUGAGGAAAGAUCUUGUGCUAGUUUCUCUAGGCAAUACAGUGAUGUUCACGAGGAACACUCCUUUGUAUUCGAAGAUAUCGAGUUAUCUGGUCCAAGAUGAUUUCAUGUUAUAAGUAUUACAUGAAGGCGGUCCAAAUUAAAGAUGUUUGUAAAUUACUUCCUUGUCACUAACUAGCCUACAUUUGAUCCCCGAUUUUUGCGAGUAAGUAAAUUCCAAUAUCAGAUAUGUUUUACUCUCUCCGUAUGUUAAAAAGUGAUAUAGUUUGACCGACAUUA